AUGGAUUUUGAGAGCUAUGAUCUAGAGAAUAACAGCAAACCAGCCUUUGAAGAAUAUUUAACAAAAGAUGAACUAAUGGAAAAAUACUGUGCCUAUAAGGAAGGCUGCGUUAAUAACAAUGAUCCUAUUCAAAAUUCAUGGAUUUUUGAUUUUAAAGAAAAGGAAAUAAAUGACCUGAGUUGCAGAAGAUAUAUAAGACAAUGCCUUUUUACAGAUAAUACAUCACCAUUCACGUUGAGUUUGGAAUCUAAAUCUCCAGCUAAACCUACUUUUCAACGAAUUAAAUUCCAAUGGAAUUUUCACGGUCAAUCAGAACAAUCAAGAAAAUCAGUACUUGUGCGCUUGAUUUCAAAUUUAAAUCCUGAUGACCAAAUUGUUUAUGAAUAUACAUUUGAUUCCAAAGACGAUGAAUUAUACACCAAACCAUUACUUAAAAUAGCUGGUGAAACAAUGCAUCAAAUGGGAUUAGAAGAUUAUUUCAAAGCAAAAUACGAUAAUUCAGGCAAACUCCAAGGAUUCUUUAUCUGUAUUAACGUUAGCCCGGAUCAAGUCAAGUAA